CCCUCCGCCCCACCUUAUAUUUAAUGCUCUUCAUUUGACUUCCUUUGAUGAAGUCAAGGCAGUCAUUAUUGGACAGAUUAUGUGAAGGUGGAGAAUUAUUAGAAAGAAUUUUAUCCAGAGGUGGAAGGUACUCAGAGGAGGAUGCAAAAGCUAUAGUUAUUCAAAUACUGAGUGUAAUCGCCUUUUGUCAUCUUCAAGGUGUUGUGCAUCGUGAUUUAAAGCCAGAGAAUUUUCUUUUCACCACUAGAGAUGAAAAUGCUCAGAUGAAGUUGAUUGAUUUUGUUAAACCAGGUAUUUUACAGAUUUUUGCUGUAAUAGAAUAG